AUGGUGAACUCCAGCCGCGUGCAGCCGCAGCAGCCCGGGGACCCGAAGAGGCCGCCGGCGUCCCGAGCGGCGGGCCCGGGCCGGCUGAUGGCGGGCAGCGCGGCAGUGGGCGCCGGCCUUCCCCUCCGCGAGCAGAGGGGCCUGGAGAUCGAGAUGGAGCGCAUCCGGCAGGCGGCCGCGCGGGAUCCCCCGGCUGGAGCCUCGGCCUCUCCUUCUCCGCCUCUCUCGUCCUGUUCGAGGCAGGCAUGGAGCCGGGAUAACCCGGGCUUCGAGGCCGAGGAGGAGGAGGAGGAAGAGGAGGAAGAAGAGGUGGAAGGGGAAGAAGGGGGAAUGGUGGUGGAGAUGGACGUGGAGUGGCGCCCGGGCAGCCGGAGGUCGGCUGCCUCCUCAGCCGUGAGCUCUGGGGGCGCCGGCGGCCGGGGACUGGGGGGCUACCACGGCGCCGGACACCCGAGCGGGAGGCGGCGCCGGCUAGAGGAUCAGGGCCCGUCGUGCCCCAGCCCGGCCGGCGGCGGGGACCCGCUGCAUCGCCACCUCGCCCUGGACGGGCAGCCGCCCCGAGUGGCCUGGGCCAAGAGGCUGGUACGCGGGCUGCGAGGUCUCUGGGGAACAAGACUCACAGAGGAAAGCAAUACUAACCGAGAGAAGUACCUUAAAAGUGUUUUACGAGAACUGGUCACAUACCUCCUUUUUCUCAUAGUGUUGUGCAUCUUGACCUAUGGGAUGAUGAGCUCCAGUAUGUACUACUAUACCCGGAUAAUGUCACAGCUCUUCGUAGAUACCCCAGUGUCCAAAAUGGAGAAAACCAACUUUAAAACUCUUUCUUCGGUGGAAGACUUCUGGAAGUUUGCAGAAGGUGCCUUGCUGGAUGGUCUGUACUGGAAGGCAGGGUCCAGUAACAGGACCGAAGCUGACAACCGAAGUUUCAUUUACUAUGAAAACCUGCUGUUAGGGGUACCACGUAUUCGGCAACUUAAAGUCAGAAACGGAUCCUGUUCCAUCCCCCAGGACUUGAGAGAUGAAAUUAAAGAGUGCUAUGACGUCUACUCUGUCAGUAGUGAAGACAGGGCUCCAUUCGGUCCACGAAAUGGAACCGCUUGGACCUAUACAAGCGAAAAAGACUUGAAUGGGAGUAGCCACUGGGGAAUGAUUGCAACUUACAGUGGAGCUGGCUACUACCUGGAUUUGUCAAGAACAAGAGAGGAAACAGCUGUCCAGGUUGCUUACCUCAAGAAACAUGUCUGGCUGGACCGAGGAACCAGGGCAACUUUUAUUGACUUUUCAGUAUACAACGCCAACGUUAACCUGUUUUGUGUGGUCAGGUUAUUGGUUGAAUUCCCAGCAACAGGCGGUGUGAUUCCAUCUUGGCAAUUCCAGCCUGUAAAGCUGAUCCAAUAUGUUACACCUUUUGAUUUCUUCCUGGCAGCCUGUGAGAUUAUCUUUUGUUUCUUUAUCCUUUACUAUGUGGUGGAAGAGAUAUUGGAAAUUCGCAUUCACAAGCUACACUAUUUCAGGAGUUUCUGGAAUUGUCUGGAUGUUGUGAUCAUUGUGCUAUCAGUGGUAGCUAUAGGAAUUAAUAUAUACAGAGCAUCAAAUGUGGAGGUGCUGCUACAGUUUCUGGAAGAUCAAAAUACUUUCCCCAACUUUGAACAUCUGUCAUACUGGCAAAUACAGUUUAAUAAUGUAGCUGCUGUCACAGUAUUUUUUGUCUGGAUUAAGCUCUUCAAAUUCAUCAACUUUAACAGGACCAUGAGCCAGCUCUCCACUACCAUGUCUCGAUGUGCCAAAGACCUCUUUGGCUUUGCUAUUAUGUUCUUCAUUAUUUUUCUAGCAUAUGCUCAGUUGGCAUACCUUGUCUUUGGCACUCAAGUUGAUGACUUCAGCACUUUCCAAGAAUGUAUUUUCACUCAAUUCCGUAUCAUUUUGGGCGAUGUGAACUUUGCAGAGAUUGAGGAAGCUAAUAGAAUUUUGGGACCAAUUUAUUUCACUACCUUUGUGUUCUUUAUGUUCUUCAUUCUUUUGAAUAUGUUUUUGGCCAUCAUCAAUGAUACUUACUCAGAAGUUAAAUCUGAUUUGGCACAACAGAAAGCUGAAAUGGAACUCUCAGAUCUUAUCAAAAAGGGAUACCAUAGAGCCUUGGUCAAACUAAAACUGAAAAAAAAUACUGUGGAUGACAUUUCAGAGAGUCUGCGGCAAGGGGGAGGCAAGUUAAACUUUGAUGAACUUCGACAAGAUCUCAAAGGGAAGGGCCAUACUGAUGCAGAGAUUGAGGCAAUAUUCACAAAAUAUGACCAAGAUGGAGACCAAGAACUGACCGAACAUGAGCACCAGCAGAUGAGAGAUGACUUGGAAAAAGAGAGGGAGGACCUGGACCUGGAUCACAGCUCUUUACCACGUCCCAUGAGCAGCCGAAGUUUCCCACGAAGCCUGGAUGACUCUGAGGAGGAUGAUGAUGAAGACAGUGGACAUAGCUCCAGAAGGAGAGGAAGCAUCUCCAGUGGGGUUUCUUAUGAAGAGUUUCAAGUCCUGGUGAGGCGAGUGGACCGGAUGGAGCACUCCAUCGGCAGCAUCGUGUCCAAGAUCGAUGCUGUGAUAGUGAAGCUGGAGAUCAUGGAGCAGGCCAAACUGAAGAGAAGGGAGGUGCUGGGCAGGCUGCUGGAGGGAGUGGCUGAGGAUGAAAGACUGGGUCGUGACAGUGACAUCCACAGGGAACAGAUGGAACGGCUAGUGCGGGAAGAGUUGGAACGCUGGGAAUCCGAUGAUGCAGUUUCCCAAAUAAGUCAUGGCUUGGGCGUGCCAAUGGGACUAAACGGUCAGCCCCACCCCCGCAGCUCCCGCCCCCCGUCCUCUCAGUCCACAGAAGGCAUAGAGGGUGGAGGUGGAAACGGGGGCACCAAUAUCGAUGUAUAGCAUAGUAUGUGUGUUAGUAUGUGUGUCCUGAAAUACCAUAACAAGUACACUAUUUAUAUGCCCUAUACCAUAUGCUGGCCUUUGUGACUGCUUGUUUAUUCUUCUGCACUUUAAUUUAUUUUAUAUAAACUUUGCCCGUGGAUCAAAGAAGUUUUUUUUUUCCUUUUCUCAUAUAAGAAAUCUAGGUGUAAAUAUUGAGUACAGAAAAAAAAAAAGUCUUUGUAAAGUAUAUUGAGGUGUCUGCCCAAUUACUACCAUGACUGACUCUUCCCGGUUGACAAUGAAGUAGCCUUUUAAAGCUAAAAGACAAUUGUCAAAAGGCUUCUGAGUUUUAUUUCCAAUCCUGAAAAUCAGUCUUGUCAUUUUAGCCUAGUGUGUGAAGAGAGAGUAGGGGCAUUCCUUUCCACUCAGGCUUAGCUCAUGGACUUGAUACAUGGUAGCUUUCCUUUAAGAAAGGAGAUUUUUAUUUCAACUACCUUCCUGAGGUAAACUUUUCUAAAAGAUAAGUUGGAAAAGAACCCCAAACCAUAGAAAGGUAUGUAGUCAUUAUACUAGAAUUUGUAUGAACGGUUAAGAUAAAUGCAAUGCUCUUUUUGUUAUUUUAUCAUAUCUAUCACCUGAGGGACUAACCAUUAUCACCUAAUUUUUACAUUAUUUUGGCUCUCAUUUGAAAUGACCUGAGUAAAACCACAAAAGAUGAAUUAUGGGUUAAAAGAGCAUCUUGAGCCAUAACACAGAAGAGUUGGAAGGAGCUCUAAGUUGUCACUGAGUUUGACUUUUCUAAAAAUUAGUUUACUAUAAAUCAAGAUUUAUCCAUAUUUUCUUUUUCCCAUGUGGCUUAACUCAAUUGUAACUGAAUUCUAAUGUUACAGUCAAUGUAGUGAGACCCAACUUCCUAAACUUUUUGGUGUACACUGAAAGCUUGAACUCUACAAAUAUGUACAUUUUAAAGAAAUGUUUAAGGAAGUUUUGAAAUUCACAUUGAAAUAUUACAAAACUAAUGUUUUGGUUUUAUAAAGUUUUAAGAAUACAGAGCUCAAAUAUUUUUGAUUUUGUAUUUCAAAACUAAACUUUAGCAUCUAAAUGGAGUUGCAUUUAAUGAAAAGGAAGUUUUAGUAUUAAAAAUUCAUCCACUAUCAGAAAGUAUCAGCCAAAGUUUCAGUUAGUAGCCAUUUUUUUUUCACUAGGAGUGAGUCUCAUCAAAUUUAUGGGGAAAAAAAUCAAUUUCUCAAUUUAAAAAAUGGAAAAAGCUUACUUUUCAAAAAUAUUGAGUAAGGUGACCUUAUGCAUGCUGAUGGAACAAGCAAGAGAGAAUGCAGUGUUGGUGAAUAACUCUCACUUGGAAAACUGAUCAAAAAGAGAACUACUCUUUUAUUGCUUUAUUUUAAAUUCCCGCAUUGUUCAUUGAUUUGGUAGUACGUGUUGGUUGACUCUUUAGUGAAAACGAGCAAAUAGCCCUGUUUAGGCUGCCUUCCAGUGAAACACAUCGGGUUUACUUAACAGUUAUUCCCCACAGCUUCAUCUCCAUCCUCACUUUCUUUUGAAUAUGCAACCCCAAGUUCUUUAUUUCUAGGUACUAAAGUUCACAUUGCAAGGAUUUUGAGUGUGUGUAUUUAUGUAUGUGUACCAUGUUGUUCUAUAUAAACAAACUUCAAUUUGAAGUGCAGCCAUUAUGUGGUAUCCAUGUGUGUCAACCAUGUGCCAUAUAUCAAUAUGGUCACUAGAAAAUCUUCUUAUACUUAUACUGUUUUUAAUUUCACAGGUAAAUUUUUGCAAAACUCUUUUCUUUACCAAUAAGUUUUUUUUUUCUUUCUUUUCCUUUUUAGUUAUAGAGAAUUCCCUUCUCAUCCCUUUCCUGUCAUAUUCUUCUCUGUAUUGGUAACAUUAAGUAAUAUUGGUAUUAUUGUAAUAUUAAGAAGAUAUUACAUAUGCAAGUCUUUCUUAACAAUCAAGAAUUUCGUUAGUGUGUAAUACUGAGCACUUUACUUCCUAAUAAAGAUUUGAUACAAAAGCA